ACUCCUAUCUAAAGGUGGCUUCCCAGUGAAGUAAAGGAAGAGGUUUGAACUUCAGAGCACAGCUGCAGGGUUCUUCUCUGAUCUGAACAAUGGCUGUAGCUGUGGAUGAACAAAUCCAGACUCCUCAAGUACAAGAAGAGCUCCAAAUAGUGAAGCUGGAAGAAGAUUCCCACUGGGAGCCGGAAAUUUUCUUUCAAGGGAGUAUCCCUGGACCAGAGACCUCCUGCCAGCACUUUUGGUAUUUCCACUAUCAAGAAGCAUCAGGACCCUGGGAGGCACUCAUCCAACUCCAGAAGCUCUGUCAUCAGUGGCUGAGACCGGAGAAGUGUACGAAAGAGCAGAUCCUGGAGUUGCUAGUCCUGGAACAGUUCCUGGCUGUCCUUCCCCAGGAGAUCCAGAUCUGGGUUAGACAAAAACAUCCAGAGAGUGGAGAGGAGGCAGUGGCUCUGGUGGAGGACUUGCAAAAAGAACCUGGAAGACUGGGGCUGCAGGCAGUGGUGAAGAACUCACAGCCAGAACCAGAAGACCAAAUGAACCACAGCCCCAAAGUAAAACUUGGAUCCUUCCGCGAGAGCGGCACCUCCAAAGGGAAGAAGAACCUUGGUCGGCAUGUUUUGUAAAACUACACAGCAGAGCUGGUGGCACCUCUCCUUAUGUGAGUGAGACCUUACUGGUCCCAGUAGGUAAGGCGUGGGUACCA